AUGGCGAUUAUCUAUGCGGUUGUGGCGAGGGGUACGGUGGUCUUAGCGGAAUUCAGCGCCGUCACGGGAAACACAGGAGCCGUGGUGCGGCGGAUCCUCGAGAAGCUUUCACCGGAAACCGCCGAUGAGAGACUUUGUUUCUCCCAGGACCGUUACAUCUUCCAUAUCCUCAGAUCUGACGGGUUUACCUUUCUCUGUAUGGCCAACGAUACCUUUGGAAGGAGGGUUCCAUUUUCGUAUUUGGAAGAAAUUCAUAUGAGGUUCAUGAAAAACUACGGGAAAGUGGCACAUCAUGCUCCAGCUUACGCAAUGAAUGAUGAAUUCUCAAGGGUUUUGCAUCAGCAGAUGGAGUUCUUCUCUAGUAAUCCUAGUGCAGAUACUCUCAAUCGUGUUAGAGGAGAAGUCAGUGAGAUUCGAUCGGUGAUGGUAGAGAACAUUGAGAAGAUAAUGGAGAGAGGUGAUAGGAUUGAGCUUCUUGUUGAUAAAACAGCAACAAUGCAAGAUAGUGCCUUUCACUUCAGGAAACAAUCAAAGCGCCUUCGCCGAGCUCUUUGGAUGAAAAACGCUAAGCUCUUGGUAGUGUUGACGUGCUUGAUAGUCCUUGUGCUGUACAUUAUAAUCGCUUCAUUCUGUGGAGGCAUCACGUUACCGUCCUGCAGAUCUUAA